CGCCUGCCCCCAGCAUGGCCUGGCAAGGCUGGCCUUCGUCGUGGCUGUGGGUCGCCAGCUGCGGGCUGCUGCUCCUGGUCCUUGUCCUGCUCGCGAGCCCCAGCAGCUGCCGAGCGCGGCGGACCCUCCGUAGCCUGUUCAUGGCGCGUAGCAAGCGGCUGCUCUUCCGAAUCGGGUACAGCCUGUACACCCGCACCUGGCUCGGGUACCUCUUCUACCGCCAGCAGCUGCGCAGGGCUCGGAAUCGCUACCCCAAAGGCCACUCCAGAACCCAGCCCCGCCUCUUCAAUGGAGUGAAGGUGCUUCCUAUCCCCGUCCUCUCAGACAACUACAGCUACCUCAUCAUCGACACCCAGGCCCGGCUGGCUGUGGCUGUGGACCCUUCAGACCCUCAGGCCGUACAGGCUUCCAUUGAAAAGGAGGGCGUUAACUUGGUUGCCAUUCUCUGCACCCACAAGCACUGGGAUCACAGUGGAGGGAACCGUGACCUCAGCCGGCGGCACCAGGACUGUCGGGUGUAUGGGAGCCCUCAGGACGGCAUCCCCUACCUCACCCAUCCCCUGUGUGAUCAAGAUGUGGUUAGUGUGGGACGGCUUCAGAUCCAGGCUCUGGCCACCCCUGGCCACACACAAGGCCAUCUGGUCUACCUGCUGGAUGGGGAGCCCUAUAAGGGUCCCUCCUGCCUCUUCUCAGGGGACCUGCUCUUCCUCUCUGGCUGUGGACGGACCUUUGAGGGCACCGCAGAGACCAUGCUGAGCUCACUGGACACCGUGCUGGGGCUGGGGGACGACACUCUGCUGUGGCCUGGCCACGAGUACGCGGAGGAGAACCUGGGCUUUGCAGGCGUGGUGGAGCCCGAGAACCUGGCCCGGGAGAGGAAGAUGCAGUGGGUGCAGAGGCAGCGGAUGGAACGCAGGAGCACGUGCCCGUCCACCCUGGGAGAGGAGCGCUCCUAUAACCCAUUUCUGAGGACGCACUGCCUGGUGCUGCAGGAGGCUCUGGGGCCAGACCCAGGCCCCACGGGAGACGAUGGCUACUCCCGGGCCCAGCUCCUGGAGAAGCUCCGCCAGCUGAAGGACCUACACAAGAGCAAGUGACCCCACCGCAGCCCAGCCCAGCCCCCCCCCGCCCCCCCCACCAUGGUGGGGAAGCCACCCACCACGGCCCACACCACACCUUCCCUCUCACUGCUUCCACCACCACCUCCGUCAGCCCGUCAAGCCGGCACCACGCCCUGACCCGGGUCGGGAGAGAGGAGGGACAAGGCAACGAGAGCCUGAGACCGAGAGGAAGGGGGCUGACGGGAGGCUUGGAGACUCCGUGGGGUGAGGCUGAGCCAUGGAGGGCAGAGCUAAUCGGGAACCUCCCCUCCUCCCUUCCUCUGUUCCCGUGAUGGCAGUGAGGAUGAAGAGGCCUCACUCUCACUGUCGCCUCUGAACUCAGGGCAGCAGGAGCCAUGAACAGGUUGAGUCCAUCUUCCCCCUCCUCCCAUCCAGGGUAGGGAAAGAAACUCACUCCCUCAAAGUGGCCUGAGGCGUGGUGCCUUGGAAAAGUGGUCACUCAGAGGGGCACCUGGGCUCUGGUUUACUGAGAGUCUGCCCCUCCUCCCCCAGCCUCCCUGCUCCACCUCCACCCGGCCCCCAUGAAGGCAUUUUUCAAACAGAGCCAUUUCUGAGAAAGAGGAAAUGGCUGGAAGCCUGGCUGUGGACAAUCUCUGCCUCGGUGACUCCCCUACUGCCUGGAAGGCGGAGGAUCCUGGUUGCCAAGGAAACUUAACCUCAGGCUGAGGAGACACCAGGAGGCUGGGAUUGCAGCCCCACAGUCUUGUAGGUCACACAUGCUCCCUGCACAGCUGGCCUCUGCCCCUGCCCUGGGCCAACAGGGCCCCUCCUCCCCAGGGGACCAGAGAGCCAUCGUCCACCAGGGCAACUCUGGUUUUCUCAUUAUGGCCCGUAUUCUGAGGACCUCCUGCUUUAUCCUCAACCCUUUCCUCUUUUAGUUAGUAAAGCCAUUCAUCUCGCCCUUUACAGUUGGCCAAAGACAUUCCCAGGUCAUUUCUCAUUUGGCCCCUGGCCCCAUCAUGGUGGGAGCAGGGGAUCUGUGCAGCAGAGAGCAGAAAUCAGAAGUCCAGGAGCGGAGAGCUCUCAAAUGAGUGGCAGCUUCCAGGACCCCAAGCCUGGGCCCUUCCCCUCUGUUCAGCCCUCCCUCAGUUCAGCUCCUCCUCUGGCCUUGGGUCCAGUCCCUUUGGGGCUGCAGUGAGGACUCCGAUUGUCCUCAAGCGGGCGUAACUUGGGUCAGCCAGGAACCUUCUCUUCCUGGGUGGAAGCCUUCCUUCCCUCAGGCUCUGCUCUCCUCUGGGGCGCCUCUGAGAUGUCUCCUGCUCUCAGUUUCUCCUCAUCAUCCUGCCUCUGCCUUCCUCUCCAGCCACAGCCUCUGGAGCCAACUUUAGCAAUACCACCAGAAUAGAGCUCCCCGCCCCUCAAAACAUGCAGUUCAUGCCUCUGUGCCUUCGCUCAUGCUGUUUCAUCAGAAUGGAAUGCUAUUACCCUGCUCCUCCUGCCUUGUCUGCCUGGCAAACACCUAUUCGUCUCUCACAAUCCCCCUCAAAGGCCCCCUCCUCCAGGAAGACCACCCCUGUGUCCCUCCCCCUCCAGGCUACCUCUCCUCUUUGUAAAUGCUUCUGUUGUGGCACUUAUCAUACUGUAUUUUAGUUGUUUACAUGUUUGUCUCCCCUUCUAGACUGUGAACCUUUCAGGGCAUGGACUGUAUCUUAUGCAUCUCUGUAUUUCUGCGCCUAGCACGGUGCCUGGCACACAGUAGGCGCUCAAUAAAUGUUGAAUGAAUGAAUGAUUUAA